AUGCUACCCCUCGGCCUCCUCAACGCGGCGCAAGGCCACCCGAUCUUGGUGGAACUGAAGAAUGGCGAGAACCUCAACGGACACUUGGUCAUGUGCGAUACGUGGAUGAACCUCACUCUCAAGGAGGUUGUGCAAUCGAGUCCGGAAGGUGACAAGUUCGUACGGUUACCAGAAGCCUACGUCAAGGGCAACAACAUUAAGUACCUGCGAGUGCCCGACGAGAUUAUCGACAUCGUGAAGGAGUCUCAACAAAGCCAACAGGCCGGGUUCCGAGGCGGAAGGGGUGGACAACAUCGGGGAGAGCACGGCGGUCGCGGGGAGAGGGGAGGACGGGGAGGUGGCCGGGGCCAGGGCCGCGGAAGGGGGAGGGGUAGGGGUGCGUGA